GAUGAUCAAGCAGGAGGAGAUAGCAGCAAGAGUAACAGUAUAGCAAGCACCCAGAGUGGCGGGGUUAGUGCCGGUAGUAGCACUAGCAGUCUUCCACCAGUUUCUGAUAACGAUUCCGGUUACAACUAUCCUCCGUCACUUCGAAGUCAGCGAGGGAAUGUUCGGGUCAGUCCUUCGAAUUCUUCCACAACAAGCCUGAAUAGUACAGAAGUCGGAGCAAACAACUUUGCCACCAUUAGAACAACUUCCAUAGUCAGUCGUCAAAUCAAAGAGCACGAACAGGAGAAUCAGAUGCAUGAGCAGAUGUCUGGAUACAAACGUAUGCGAAGGUUACACCAGAAAGCUCUUAUUCAGCUUGAAGCCAAGUGCCGUCAGGAGAUGGAAGAACACAAACAAAAAUUAGAUAAAGAAUAUGAAAACCUGCUUCAACAGUUCAGUAAGGAACUAGAAAAAGUACAAGUCAAACACCAACAAGAGUUAGAACGAAAGGUUAGUCACUUUGAAUCAAAAUCUGUUACUGUUGUCCAGGAAUUAAACAAAAGGCAGAGUCAGCUGGAACAGGCUCACACAAUGCUUCUUCAACACCACGACGUGACCCAGGAACUAGCUUACAGACAGCAACGUGCAGUCCACCACCUUAAGGAAGAGCAAGUCCGUAAGCAGCACCACACAGAACUAGCCAAUCAACAAGAAUAUAAUAGUCGUAGGGAGCGAGAGUUGAGGAAGAAACAUGCCAUGGAAGUCAAACAACAGCCAAAAAGUUUAAAGCAAAAAGAGCUUCAGAUUAGAAAGCAGUUUCGUGAGACGUGCAAGAUUCAGACUCGCCAGUACAAGGCAUGGAAAAAUCAGAUACUUUCGACGACUCCUAAAGAAGAACAAAAGGCCGUUAUCAAGAAGCUGAAAGAUGAACAGAGACGAAAGUUAGCCAUACUGGGUGAACAGUAUGAACAGAGUAUAGCUGAGAUGCUGCAGAAACAAUCUAUCCGUUUAGACGAGUCUCAGGAAAUGGAAGCUCGACAGUUAAAGGAGCAGUUAGAGCAAGAGCGAGAACUUCUCAUUGCUUUUCAGAGUAAAAUUCGUAUGCAAGCAGAAACUCAACGUAAUCGUGAGAGACGAGAGUUGGAAGAAAGAGUGUCCAUGAGGCGUGCUUUACUAGAACAAAAAAUGGAACAAGAAAAGCUUCAGUUCCAAGAGGAGCGGGCAGAACGUCAGCGUCUGCUGCUAGAACGACAGGCACGUGAAAUUGAAGCCUUUGAUGAAGAGAGUGCCAAGCUAGGUUUCAAUGCUCUGGAGAUUGCUCGAGCAUCACAAGAGCCAGUAGCAGAUGAUGAUUUAAGCAUCAGUGGAAGUAUGUUAAGUCUGGCCCACAGUAACAGUGCCAGUUCGUUCACUCACACCCAGCUCUGAGAGGUGUGCAGAAUGCCCCCAUUGACUACACCAUCACGGCCGCAUGGGUGCACGGUAUUGGUAGAGAGCCGCGCUUACUCUGCUUCCCGGACUUGUAAGAAAGCGUCCACUGACGGCUGCCAGUGCCACAUUAUCGCCUCCGUGAGAGAACCCCCGAAGUCUCGAGUUUGCCAGCAGGAAGAAGCAAGGGUGGCACCUUUUGUAAAUUUGCCGUAUUAGGUAGACUGUUGAAGACUUGUCACUUGGGGAAUCCAGAAAGUUGUCACUUGUGUUGUUUCUGUGUAGCUCGAUGGUACAAUGAUUUAAAGUAAGGUAUUGAAUAUCCUGUACAUCAUACCUAUUGUUGAAUUUUUUAAUAAAUCUCACCAGAACAAGCUCUGUGUAUGUCUAUACCAAA